ACUGUUAAAACAGGAAGACUUCCUUUCUCUUUUUUCCUACAUUUCCGCAUAAAGUGUAUAAAGAAUUAUCACAAUAACGUUUCGUGCACUACUGCAAAUAUAUACUAUCUAACAGAUUUUUGGAUAGGUAAAGCGCGCGGUGAUAAAAGAUUAGAAGAGUCGAGGAUGGCUUCAAAGAUUAUAAAAGAAGAUGUGCAGCUGCCAAAAGACUUUCAAAAAUGUCUUGCGUUUGUGUUGUACAACGUUUUCACGAAAGAGGAAUGCGAAGAAUACAUAAACAUUGCAGAGAAAAAAGGUUUUGAAGCUGCACUUCUGAAUUCUGGAGAUAGACAAGUACUAGCCACAGAUGUAAGAAAUAGUGCAAGAUGUAUAUGGGAUACCAAAGAAGAGGUUGAUAAGAUAUGGAAAAGAAUUAAAGAAUAUGUGCCUGAUGUAUGGUGUCACAGAGAAGUCAUGGGAUUAAAUGAAAGAUUAAGGAUCCUUAGAUAUGAUCCAGGCGAAUAUUUCAGGCCACAUUAUGAUGGCAUGUAUAAACGGGAUAAUGGAGAGAGAAGCUAUGUGACUGUCCAGAUAUAUCUAAACGAGGGUUUUGAAGGUGGAAGUACCACAUUUAUAGGAAAUUAUAUAGAUGAACGAGUUGAAGUUGUACCAAAAACAGGUUCCGUACUGGUUUUUGAACAUCCUAUACUCCAUGAAGGGUCUGAACUUAUUGCUGGAAGAAAAUAUGCAAUAAGGACUGAUGUUAUGUAUUCAUCUACAAUAUCGUAGCCAAAGAAGGCAACGAAUACAGAGACAAACGAAAGCAAAUCAGACUCUCAGCAUUCACAAACCACAGAAAGUGUGCAAGUGAAACGUCGAAGGACCUUUCAACAACCGAAAAUACUAGGAAGUCGAAUUUUUCUUAGUAAACUAUUUGGAUGAAAUUUUUGUGAUAGAAAGCUACUGUGAUUUUAAUAUUCGCCCUUCUUCAUUCUUCAUUUGUUUAGAUCUUGGAAUUUGGUUAUUGUCUGAAUCUUUUGGCGCCUGGGGUGUGCAAUAUAAGAAUUAAUCAGAAACUUCAUCUUCUUCUUUUGUUGUUGAUAAUGAUAUUAUCUUUUCAAAGUACAUUCAUAUCCUUUCUGUAUCCGUAUUAUAUAUACGUUCAUAUGAUGAAAUCAUAAUCUUUCAGUCAGUUUAAUUGAAGUCUGGAGCUGGCAUGUCAGUUAACUGCUAGUAGUCUGUUGUUAUUUAUGUAUUAUUGUCUUUUUGUUUAUUUUCUUUGGUUACAUCUUCUGAAAUCAGACUCGGACUUCUCUUGAACUGAAUUUUUAUGUGCGUAUUGUUAUGCUUUUACUUUUCUACACUGGUUAGAGGUAUAGAGGAGGGUUGAGAUCUCACAAACAUGUUUAACCCCGCCGCAUUUUUGCGCCUGUCCCAAGUCAGGAGCCUCUGGCCUUUGUUAGUCUUGUAUUAUUUAAAUUUUAGUUUCUUGUGUACAAUUUGGAAAUUAGUAUGGCGUUCAUUAUCACUGAACUAGUAUAUAUUUGUUUAGGGGCCAGCUGAAGGACGCCUCCGGGUGCGGGAAAUUCUCGCUACAUUGAAGACCUGUUGGUGACCUUCUGCUGUUGUGUUUUUUUUAUUUUGGUCGGGUUGUUGUCUCUUUGACACAUUCCCCAUUUCCAUUCUCAAUUUUAUGUAUGUUGUAUUUUUUAUAUGUUUUUGCCACAGUAUUUUAAAUUCAUAACAUCUUCGCUAGCCAAAGGUUACGAUCCACUCCUGCUCUAGAGCGGGACUGGAUCGUAACCCUUGGCUCGCUUAGAUGAAUUCAUAAUUGAUAUUCAAUUAUAUGAUGUUAUUUUUUUUAAUGUUACUCGUUGUUCAUGAUGUUGUUAUUAACUAUAGGCUCAUAGUUUGUUUUGUUUUUUUUGUAUUAUUUUUUUGCAUGUGAUAUUCAAGUAUAUGUUCGUUUCAUUUGUUUUUUAACCCUCCAUCAAAUUUAAUAUAUUGAAGUAAAUUUUUAAAAUUAUGAUUGUAUUUUUUUAUAUUAAAG